AUGUUAGCAUGUGAAAACUGUUUCUGUAACACAUUCGCCUCGAAAGACGAGAUCUCACAUUAUUCGUAUUACGGAUCCAGUGUUGGCUCUUCAUAUGGUGGAUACGGUGGAUACCGCCCCGACUCUCUAUAUGGCGGUUAUGGUGGAUAUGGCGGAUAUGGUGGAUAUGACGGAUAUGGCGGACUUGGCGGAUUUGGUGGCGUAUAUGGAGGGUACGGUGUAGGCUCUCCAUAUGGUGGAUAUGGAGAAUACGGUGUAGGCUCUCCAUAUGGCGGAUAUGGAGGAUACGGUAUAUCUUCUCCAUAUGGCGGAUAUGGAGGAUACGGUGUAGCUUCUCGUCAUGGCGGAUAUGGAGGAUACGGUUUUGGCUCUCCAUAUGGUGGAUAUGGGGAUACAGUGUAG